UGACAUUCGUGCAGGAAUGCCAGACGGCAUGGGGGCAGACCAUCGCUGGGUGGAGUGGCGCGAGUCCCGAGUGCACCACCGCAACUGGCCUCACAUGCGACGCCAGCGGAUUUAUUCUCUCCUUGAAACUCCGCAACUACAAACUGGCAGGGCAGAUUCCAAGCUCUGUCAGCAACCUCAUUAAGAUCACCUAUCUCGAUCUUGCAAGCAACCAGCUGACAGGAAGCAUACCUGCAACCGUGACUGCACUCAGCCUGCUGAGAUACUUGUGGCUGUUCAACAAUACGCUCACCGGCCCCAUCCCAACCGACAUUGGCUCCAUGACUAGCCUUGUAUCCAUCGCUCUCUACACCAACAUGCUGUCAGGAUCCGUGCCCGCUUCAAUCUCAAAGAUCACUGGACUCACGUUUUUGUCUCUCGCUAGCAACCAGCUCACCGGCCCCAUCCCUGCAGACAUUGGCUUGCUGAACCGGCUGGCUAAUAUUGAUCUUUCAACCAACCAGCUUUCAGGAAGCAUUCCUGCCAGUGUCAGUGCUCUUGCUCAAGCCACCAUCCUGUAUCUUUCUAGCAAUCAGCUCACCGGCUAUAUCCCUGACGAGAUUGGCUACAUUUCUAAACUAUCAGCGCUCUCUUUCCGCCUCAACAGGCUGUCAGGAUCCUUGCCUGCCUCAAUAACAAAGCUCACUGCACUCACAACUUUAGCUCUGAGCAACAAUCAGCUCACCGGAACCAUCCCUCCCGACAUUGGCUUGCUCUCAAAACUUGUAUCUCUCUCUUUUUUCUCCAACAUGUUGUCGGGAUCCGUCCCCUGCUCCAUCGCACAGCUCACUGCACUCACAUUCUUCUCCGUUGCUAGCAACCAGCUCACCGGUCCCAUCCCCGCUGAGAUUGGCGUGCUCACAAGCCUGAUCGCUUUAGAUCUUUCAGGCAACCAGCUUUCAAGCAGCAUCCCUGCCAGUGUCAGUGCUCUUACUCAACUUACUGUCCUAAACCUCUUAAAAAAUCAGCUCUCUGGCCCCAUCCCGGCUGAGACUGGUUCCAUGUCCAGACUUGCAUCCCUCUCUCUCAGCUCAAACAAGUUGUCGGGAUCCGUGCCCUCCUCGAUCACACAGCUCACUGCACUCACUUUCUUUACCCUCGCUAGCAACCAGCUCACAGGUCCCAUCCCCAACAUUGGCGUGCUCACAAAGCUGGUCACUAUUGAUCUUUCAGGCAACCAGUUUUCAGGCAGCAUCCCUGCCAGUGUCAGCGCACUCACUUCACUCAAUCUCCUGGUUCUCAAUAACAAUCAGCUUUCUGGCUCCAUCCCCGAAAUAGGUUCCAUGACCAGACUUGCAUACCUGUUACUUGGCAACAAUCAGCUCAAUGGUGCUGUCCCUGCUUCCGUUGCAUCCCUCACAAGAUUGGUAAAUCUUGAUUUUUCGAAUAACCAGCUCUCAGGCAGCAUCCCUUCCAGCGUCAGUGCUCUCACUCAGCUCACCACUCUGUACCUGUAUAAUAAUCAGUUCUCUGGCUCCAUCCCUGCUGAAAUUGGUUCCAUGACCAGACUUGUAUACCUCUCUCUCCGCUCCAACAUGCUGUCUGGAACCUUGCCUUCCUCCAUCACUAACCUCACAGCACUCGCAUAUAUAUACCUGCAUCGCAACCAGCUCUCUGGUCCCAUCCCAGAAUCCAUCACCUCCCUCACUGGUUUGACACAUCUGGAACUUUCAUACAACCAGCUUUCAGGCAGCAUCCCUUCCGGUUUUGGCAGUCUGAGUCGAUUGAUUAGCCUGUUUCUUAAUUCCAACAAUCUUUCCGGCCCCAUCCCUCCAUCCAUUGGCUCUCUGCUCAACCUCGUUAACCUUGAUCUCUCGGACAACCAGCUUUCAGGGAGCAUCCCUGGGAGCUUGAGUGGACUCACUCGAUUGGCAAUCAUAAACCUUUCCGACAACCAGCUUUCAGACAGCAUUCCUGCUAGCUUGAGUGCUCUCACCAAAUUGUCCUACCUAUCGUUAUCUACGAACCAGCUCACCAGCUCUAUCCCAGCUGAAAUGGGCUCCCUGGAGUCACUGGCAAUUCUGUAUCUACACAAAAAUCAACUUAACGGCUCUAUCCCUGCCACCAUUGGCAGCCUGACAUCUCUGGGCUCCGUGUAUCUCUACUCGAACAUGUUGUCAGGGUCGCUGCCGUCCUCGAUAACAAAACUUACAGCGCUCACCAGUUUGGUUCUUGACAACAAUCAGCUCACUGGCUCUAUUCCAUCCGCCAUAAGCUCCCUCUCAAGACUAUCAUCCCUAUCACUGUCUCGCAACCAGCUCUAUGGACUCAUCCCUGACUCAAUCGGCUCCCUCACCAAGUUAUCUGUCAUGGGUCUUGCCUCAAACAAGCUGUACGGCCGCAUUCCUGACAGCUUCUCCAAGCUCACACACCUCACCUUUCUCAACCUCUCCAGCAACUACCUUGCCAGCCCCAUCACGCUGCCCGCCAUCAGCACCCUGCGCCUCUCCAGCAAUUUUCUUUAUGGUCCUCUGCCCAACGGGACAUGCCAGGCUCUCAAUUUCGAUAGCAACUGCUUCACACUUUCGUCUGGCUGCACUAAUGUGGUGCAGCGGCAGGAAGCAGCAUGCAAUGCAUUCUGUGGCGUCUCCACUGCAGCUGCUGCUGCUGCUCCUUGUGGUGGAGGAGGGGUGUGCGUUCCAGACCAAGUUACCCUGGUCCCAACCUGUCUAUGCGAUGCGGGGUACAUCCAAUCUGGAAUUUUCAACUGCGUGGCUGACGGCAGCACCAACAGCACCUCAGACAGCACCAACAGUACCUCGGGCAGCACCAACAGUACCUCGGGCAGCACCAACAGCACCUCGGGCAGCACCAACAGCACCUCGGGCAGCACCAACAGUACCUCGGGCAGCACCAACAGUACCUCAGGCAGCACCAACAGCACCUCGGGCAGCACCAACAGUACCUCGGGCAGCACCAACAGUACCUCGGGCAGCACCAACAGUACCUCGGGCAGCACCAACAGCACCUCGGGCAGCACCAACAGUACCUCGGGCAGCACCAACAGUACCUCGGGCAGCACCAACAGCACCUCAGGCAGCACCAACAGUACCUCGGGCAGCACCAACAGUACCUCAGUCUGCUUGUCUAUUGUCCCGCCAACAACUGUGCUCACCAAAGGGACGCAGAAGGAGACGGGGGGGGAAUUCACCGCGGAUCCAGUGCCUCUGUUUGUGUACGGGGCGGGACAGGUGGUGUCGGGGUGUGGAGUGCAGCUCGCCUUCCGGGCCAACUUCACCUUCUCCCUCGCCCCUCAAUCCGGCCGUGCUGGCAACAACGGCUUCGCCUUUGUCGUCUCGGCAACGGACCGGGUGGGGAAUGGAUCUGGUGUGGGGUAUGGUGGCAUGGACACCCGCAGCAUGGCGGUUGAGUUUGACACGCUGCGGGACAAGCUGCAUGGCGACAUGAGCACCCCGCACGUGGGGCUGAACAUUCAAGGCCAGGACCAGUCAAUAGCCGCUGUGAAGUCGCCGUUUCAGCUGACCAACAGAAAGGCAUACACGGCGUGGGUGGACUAUGAGCCUGGGGAGCCCGGCACCAUCCAGGUGUUCCUGGCUGCCACGGAGGUGAAGCCAGCUCAGCCGCUGCUGGAGAGGAGGCUGGCGCUGUGUGAGGUGCUGCAGGCUGGAGCGGAGCAGCAGGCGUUCUACUUUGGCUUCGUGGCGUCCACCACUGUGAAGCCGUUCCAGAUGCAUCUCAUCCUCAAGUCAGGAGUUCACACAGGCCUUCCAGCUCCACGCAAGCCGGUAGACAUCAUUCCAGCCUUUGGUCUGACUCUCUCUGUGGCGUCAUAUGCGCCUGUGGGAGCCAGUCCCUUCAUGCGCUACAUGAGUGCGGACUACCGAGUGUUGGCCAACCAGCAGAGUGCAUGGCAAGUCAGCGGCUCCCACUCCUGGGACUCCAUGCCCUUCCUCGGCUGGCCGGUCAAGAACCAAAAGGACUGCAGUGCGAGUUGGGCGUAUGCGGUGGUGGCGAGUGUGGAGGCAGCGUACGGCAUUGCGCUGAACAGUGAGGCGCCACGGCUGUCAGUGGACUCACUCUUUGCAGCCAUGGGGCUCACCUCCCUCACUGCCAAGUGCAUGGCAGGCGGCUCUCCUGCCGCGGCCUUUGAAAGGCUUAUCACUCUGCCCGCUGGUGGACUCACAACAGACAGCAAGCCGCCAUCGAAGUACCCCAUCCAGGGAUUUGAGCGCACGCGGUUUAAGGGUCAUGUAGGGCUCAUGCUGGCAGUGCGACGACAGCCAGUGGUGGUUCACAUUGAAGCCUCUUCUACCUCGUUUGUACAGUACGACGGGACUUUCAAGUACCAGGAUCCUGCCUGCUACACUGGCAACCUGGACCAUGCUGUACUCGUUGUUGGGUAUCUCCUUUUCACAAAUAACGGCCGCCCGAGCCAAACUGCUCCACCGUUUUGGAUCAUCCGCAACUCGUGGGGAUUGGAGUGGGGAGACAGGGGCCACAUGCGCAUGGACAUUCAGGGAGGGGAUGGUGUGUGUGGCAUCAACGUGUUGCCAGGCAUCUACCCCAUUGUCAAGACCAACACCACGGCCUCCAUGUUGACAGUCACUGGCGCCAAUUGGCUGUGCUCGGAUGUCUUCCCUGCGGCUGGCAUCUCCUUGGCUGGCUUUGCAUCGCAAAACAUGGGCAUUAACUGCAGCCAGCCUUUGCCUGCGGGCAAGGUGAUUGGGGUGGGAAGCGUCACCCCCUGCACUGCAUUCUUCUAUGCCCUCAAAGGUGAUACCUGCUCCUCUAUCAGCGUCCAGCUGGGACUCGCAUCGACUUACCUUGCCUCUCUCAAUCCCGGCCUGGACUGCUUUGAGCCCAUCAAGGCGGGCCGCUCUCUCUGCAUCGAGCGCAACGCCACCUUCGCCUUCACCGUCCCUCGCUGCUUGCAGUACGGCAUGCUCUCAGCUCAGGACACGUGCGAGAGCCUGCUGCAGCAGAGCAAGGACUCUAGUGGGGAUAAGAACACAGGAGCUGAAGUGGUGACUGCAGCCAGCUGGAUUGGUCUCUACCGCAACAAUCCCGGCCUCAUCUGCCCCCGCACCACCCCUGCCUCCAGUGCUACUGUUGCCAGCACUCAGGUUUGUCUCAAGGCCGAGUACGAGUCCAUCAAUACUAACACCUGCAAGGUGGGCAGGCUCAAGGUGGUCUCACCACUGCUCACAUGCCAAGGUGCUUUCAGCUUCUUCGGUGGAGCUAAAGCUGGACCAGCUGCAAAAUUUACUGAAUACAAUGAGAAGGCAUGCUCCGAGACCGUAGGGGUUACAUCUAUUUGUGUGCCGUAUUGA